AUGCGUGCGGACGUUGCUGUUGCUAGCGGCCUUCUUCAACCUCUCCCUCCAUCAAUUAUAAUUAAAGAUCAGUGUGAGAAGCCAGAAGAAACAGUUAUCGAGAAAUGUAAAGAUCUUGCUAAAGUAAACCCUUCUACUUUGAAACACUUUACUGACAUUCCUUUGUCAAAUAGAACGUUACAAGGAUUGGAGGAAUGUGAUUACGAAGAGCCGACAGACAUUCAAAGAGAAUCCUUGCCUUUCUCCCUAAGUGGUUCGGAUGUGGUUGGUGCUGCAAAAACCGGCAGCGGGAAAACUUUAGCACUAAUCAUACCGGUCUUAGAAUGCCUUUGGAAGGCAGGAUGGUCUAAUUUUGGCGGUCUCGGAGCCUUGAUCAUCUCACCCACCAGGGAGCUUGCCUUACAAACUUUCACUGUUAUUAAUAACAUUGGGAAACAUCACGAUUUCUCAUGCGCUCUUCUUAUCGGAGGUACCGACGUGGAUUAUGAGAGGAAGCGAAUUGGUACUGUAAACAUCAUUAUUUGUACUCCCGGGCGACUUCUGCAGCAUAUGGACGAGAAUGAGCAUUUGUCUUGUGAUCAGCUGCAAAUCCUUGUUCUUGAUGAAGCAGAUCGCAUAUUAGAUAUGGGUUUCAACCAACAGAUCAACGCGAUAGUCGCCAAUCUUCCGAAAGAGCGGCAAACACUACUCUUCUCUGCUACGCAGACUCGUAAUGUGAAAGACUUGAGCAGAGUCUGCACUAAUGAUCCUGUAUUCGUUUCCGCCCACGAACGUUGCGCGAAUGCUACGCCAGAUUGUCUGGUGCAGUGGUAUAUGGUAUGUGAAGAGGAAGAUAAAGUAAACACUAUAUGGUCGUUUACUGCCAACCACAAGAAAGCGAAGACUAUCGUAUUUGUGUCAAGUUGCAAGCAAGCGCGUUUUCUGACAAAUGCUUUUUGUCAUUUACGGCCAGGACUGCCAGUCAUGGGUUUAUGGGGUACAAUGAAUCAGAAGAAGCGUGUGGACGUUUUUCAAAAUUUUGAAAAUAAACAGGCUGCAGUGAUGAUAGCGACAGAUGUUGCAAGUCGUGGGCUUGACUUCUCGGAUGUGGAUUGGGUUAUUCAACUCGACUGUCCAGCUUCUGUUGAAGAUUAUAUACACAGAGUUGGUCGUACUGCUCGAAUGAAUCAAACAGGACAUGCUGUACUAUUUUUAACACCUUCACAAGAAGAAGGAAUGAUAACAGCGUUAAGGCAGGCAAACAUUCCACUGGAGAAGCAAGUUGCGGAUCCACGAGCACUAGUCGAUAUACACACGAAGAUGCAAGCUGUGCUAUCGCAAUUUCCAGAACUGAACCAACAUGCACAAAAGAGCGUCGUUGCUUACCUUCGAAGUAUAUACAUGAUGAGAAAUAAGCGAGUCUUCGACGUCACUUCAGUUGAUGCCGCGAAACUUGCAUCUUCUUAUGGCCUUAUGAGUGUCCCUAGAGUUCGGUUUUUGAGCAAGAAGGGACUGAAUGUCAAGGGCACAAAAAAUAACAGCGAUAUUCCUCCUGCUCUUGACCGCAAGAAAGAGAAUGGAACCGUUGAACAGAAACCGGCGAAAAGCGAGUUUGAAAUUGAUGAAAACGAGGAUUUGUUUGUGAUGAAGAAGAAAGACGUUUUCAGCUUGCUUGAAAAUGAUCAUAAUGAGGCUUGUGAACCUAGUCCGUCAAAGUCUACAAGCAACAACACUUCAAAAGUGAUCACAAAAUUGGGCGCUGCUAAAAAGGAGAGGUUGCUAAGAUUGAUGGAAUUAGUCAAUGAAGCAGAAAGAGAAGGAAAGGUUGAAAAAGAGGAAGAGGUUAGAGAAGUAAGUGUGUUCAUCUCGCUAAGGAGGAAAUGA